AUCGCCAUCGAUCCACCACGGUGCGUGUGGCUGUGUGUGUAUGCCAGUGUGUGCGUGUGUGUGUGCGUGUGAUGUACGCAAGCCGCUGGACGCGAGAGCAUGCGAAUGAAACGUCGAGCGUGACAGAGAGGGCACGAGCCGUCCGACGAAAAGGCGUCAGACGUCUGGCAGCGACGUACACACAAAUCACAGUGCAGUAUCCCCAGGCAGCUGCUGGACGAGUUAGGGUUUUCGUGACUGUCAUUCUGCCCGAGCCGAAGAGUGGCAACAUCAAAGUUAAGGAAAGUGACUCGUACAGGCGCGCAAGGAAUAGUCCCCCGUACCACGAACCCAAAAAGGGGGGCUUAUAUACAUAGUGAAAUGAAGCGAGAAGGAAUUUCUUUUGCAAUAUUUUAAAAACCCCAGCAUAGCGGAAAAGCGGCAGCAGUUGCAGCAAUAAUUUCAAAACAAAAGCAAAAACAAAAAAAAGAAAACCCUACUGGGGGGAAAAUAACGCGCGCGCUUGUUCGCACACCCACAUACACACCGAAACCAGUCGAGUCGGGAGUUUUGCCUAGUUCCUGUUUGUUUUAUUUUUUUUUUUGUUUUAAUGUGUGAACAACGACGUCGGCAUCCAUCGCAGCAGCAGCAAGGGCGAAAGUGCAUCAGCAGCAGCAGCAGCAGUGGUAGCGAUCGCAACAAUCGAAGGAUGUAGCGCCAAGAGUUGCAGUACGUGCGAGUGUGCUGAACACAACAGUAUUAGGGAUCGCGGUGUGUGGUGUCGUCCUCCCGAUAGACACUGAAGCAAACGAGGACGGCAUGCCCACGCACACACAAGCACACAGUAGCAGCAGGCAGCAGCAGCAGCAGCAGCAGCAGCAGCACCGUCGCGUCGUUUUAUAUUUUGGUGCCGAUGCACUGAGCGACGACGGCAACGCAACAACAACAACAACAACACCGCAAAGGAAAAGAAAGAAGCAGCAGCAGCCAGGCCCGUUCGAACGCCGCGCGGUGUGUGUGCGUCGAAGGCGCGCGCGCGCGCGUCCGUAAGCGCAGCGGUGUUAGUGAAGUGUGUAAAGUUCCAAAAUCUACAUCUCCAUCAAUCGCAAUCCCGUGUGUGCGUGUGUAGUUUCGUGUGCAGUGUCGUGUGUGUGUGAGUGUGCGCGCGCGCGCGCGCCACGCUCUCUCUUCGUCGCCCGAUAAUCAGCCUACAGACACAUCCCCACUCACAUAUUCACACACACACACAUACACAAACGCACACACAUCCUGAAGAGGUGGUGAAUUUCUCAGUGUGCCGUGUGUGUGCGUGCGUGCGUUCGGGCAGUAGUGUGUGUGUGUGUGUGCCGCGUGAAAUUAUCGUGUGUCGGGUGCCGCUUGUGUAGUGAAAGCGUGCGGCAGUGUGUUGUGUGUGUGCGUGUAUCUGGUGUUUGUAUGUGGGAGCAGCGGGGGAGCUUGGGGCUGUGUGUGAGAGGCGUGGAAUUGUGCAUCCAAGCAAGUGCGCGUGUGUGAGUGUACAUCGUGUAAAGAUCGAGAAAUCAAUCAUAUGCAUCCUCGAGAUCAUUCGCAUCCUCACCAUCGUCGUCGUCAACGUUCAACCAAACCGUAGCCGUCUCUGCAAUAAACAAAAAGACCGCCAGCCCGAGAGCGCCUUCGCCCACCCCCACCUCCAAAGUGUGUGAGCGUGUGAGUGUGUAUGGGCGGUGGGUCCAACAAUCCAUCCGAAAACAAUAGGAGCACGCACACGCGAACGCGAAACGGGCCGAGGUGUGUGUGUGUUGAAGGUAGUAGAAGGUUGUGUGCAAAGUGCGCGAGUGCGCGAGAGAAAGAGAGAGAGAGAGAGAAAGAGAGAGGACACGAAAUAGCUUCACCGCAACAAUCCACUAGUAGCAGCGCAUCGUCACACACCCGCACACACACACACAGCCAACCAACGGCAAAGAGAAAAUCUGGUGGGAGCAGCAAAGGAGAGCAAGGGGGAGAGAGAGAGGAAGAGAGAUGAUCAUGGUGUACAGCAACAACAGCAAUAGAAAGUGUUUCAAAUAUGAAGUUACUGAUCGUGCAACUUGUGAGCAAAGUUAGUUUAAGUAUAAGAAAACAAAAUUGUGUGUGUAAAGUGAAAUAAUAAUAAUAAUAAUUGAAAUUAAAGAAGGAAAUAUUCAAAGCUAAAGCAGCACAGUGCUUUGGCCGAGACGUACGAAUCGCUUCUAUCAACAUUAGCAAAGUGAUAAAAACUGAAAAAAAAACAAUGGCCGAUCACAUGGAAGAGCCGCCAAUGAAGCGGGCGAAAGUCCGAGAAGUAAACUCAGAAGUAAUCGCAACCACGCUCGAUCAAAUGUUCGACCUGGAGAACCAUCUUCCGGACGAGCUGAUGGGCGACAACACGUGGGUCGAUUCCUUGAGCGGAGGGAAUAAACCGCCCGGUCCCGGUCCGGGAUCACAGAUGAAUGGAGACGAUCCGGGCGGGGGAACUUCCAACCUGUCGCAGGUAUCGCUCGCCCUCCAACGCCAGCAGCUACAG